AUGGGCAGACUUCUCUCGUGCGAAAACACGUAGUUUUUACACUUGAAAUGCAAAGGUCACGCGACGUAUUUAUUUAGCUUCCUUCACUAUUGAGCCGUUGUAACACCUGCAUUUGUAUGAACACAGUCACUAUCUUAUCUUAGUAUUUAAACGUAACUUUAGCGUAGUUUCUUGCCGAUGACGUACCACAUUGGAUAUCGCGUAACGUUAGCUUACUGAUAGUUAGCUAGCUAAUAGGUAGCGGACCGCUUCGCCACUUUGCCCCGCUCGCUUGCCGUAGCACGCUGCCAUUAUUCCUGGGUAGUUAGUUGUUGCCACGGCAACCCCCACUCACAAGUUAUCGGCGCUUCGACUCUAGCUGAACUGGCCGCACACACACACACACACACACACGUGCACUGCUUCGAGCAACAGGAACACACGUACAAAACAAACAAGGGAUGUAAAAUGGCUUCUUCUUGUCUCGUGCCGGACUUCCCGGCCGUCAUGGUUGCUCUCGAGCAUUUAAAGGAAUUGGACCAGCAGCUGAAGGAGGACGGGGUACCUUUCUCACCUGAAGCCAGCCUCCACCUGACGGCGAUAACCGCUGCCGUCGCCGAACUCGAGGCGGAUUGUCGCGCCGCUCACGAGCUUUUAGAAGUGGAAACCAUAGAAAACAGCAAGUUGAGACGCGGGAUUAUCAAUAUAAGAGAACAAAUGAACCGGGAAUGUACGGCUGACGUAGCGGCAGCCCGGGCGGCUAACGCCGAGGCGAUGGAGCAGCUGCGCGAAGACCUCGACGCCGUCUCUCGGGUGCAAGACGCCACCGCGAAGAGGCGGGAGGCGCUCCUGAGCCGCGAGGAGGCGCUGCGCCUGGAGCGAGCGCGGGCGACGGCCGAACACGAAGAGGUCGUCGCGGUUCAGAACGAGAAAAUCGCCUUGAAGUACGACUCGCAGAAAGAGGUCGACGACGCGAGGGACCGGGUCGAGGCGCUGGCGUCGGGCAUCGCCGGCGUCCGGCGGGACGAAGCAACCCUGCGGGAAAAGAUGGCGCGGGAGAGAGAGGCGUUCGCGGCGGAAAAAGAGGACCUGCGCGUCGGGGCGAACCGGGCCGCGGGCGAAGCGAAGCGGCGGAAGCGAUCGAUCGAGACGACCCGAGGAGACUUGGACGCCGUCAAUGCCGACGAGCGAGGAACGCGCAACCGCCUGAGCGCGGCCAUAUUCGACGUGGCCAAGCUGGAGAGCCAUUUGCGAAAACUGUCGGCGUCUCGGCGCCAGAACGAGAACCGCCUGCGGGGGGAGACUCAGAAGCGCGAAGAAUCGAGGCGGCGGAGAGAAACGCUGAAGGAGGAGGCGCGCGAGGCGGCGGAGGUGUUCCGCGUCGCCGUCCGGCGCCUCGAAGGAGACAUCGCCGCGGCGGAGGAUAAAACGACGGAGCGCCGAGCGUCCGGAUCGCGCCGUCGGGACUCCCUGGCUCGCGUCCGCGAGAUCUUCAAGCAUCGGCGCGACGAGGAGACGGAAGCGAGGGCGGAGCACCUCCUCGUCUCGCGGGAGAUGGAGCGCAGCAAGCUGCGGCUGGAGGAGCGCGUCUCCUCCGCGGUCAAGCACGGCAAGGAGGCGAAGGAGAUGGACGAGCGGAUCCGGGAGCUCCGGGAGGCCGAGGUCAUCGGCGGGCGCGUGUUCGAGAGGAGUCGGGCGGAGUUGCGCGGCGACGCCGCCGCGGAGGAGGAGAACAUCGGGCGCCUCGAGGAGGAGAAGAGGCGGCUGGCGGGGCGACUGGAGGAGGCGAAGAGGAGGCAGGAGGAGCACGUGGCGAAGGUGACCUCGGGUAUCGGCGACGCCGGGGCGAGACGCCGGGAGCUCCGCGGCGAGGAGGCCGCGCUCCGAAAGCGGCGACCCGCGAGCGCGGACGGGCGCGAGCUGGAACACGGGCGAGAAGAGGAGGAGCGCCGGGAGGAGGCGGAGCGGCGCGCGGCGGAGACCGCGAGCGUCGCGAGGAGUUACGCCGAGAAGCUGAGGGAGCUGGAGGAGCAAGAGGAGGCGCUGGGGGAGGCGGCCGCCGAGUUGGACGAAGAGCGCUCCAGGCACCGGAGGUCGAGCGCGCUGACCUCCGAGUUCAGGCGCAGGAGGGGCGACCUGAAGCGGUGCGUUCGGGCGCUGCGGGAGAACACGGCGUCGCUGCUGCGGCCCAAAGAGGAGCUGAGGGCGGCGCUGGAGGAGCUGCGAGGAGGCGCCGCGGACGCGCUCGGCGAGCGGGCCGCGGCGCUGAGGGCCGUCGAGGUCGCCGUCUACGACGACGGCGCGAUGCUGGAGCGGGUCGGCGCGGAGAACAGCCGGCUGCGGCUCCGCGUCCGGCGGAUGACGGAGGAGGUCGACGGAGUCCGGGAGGACGGAGGGCGGCGCCGGCGGGAGGCUCGCCGGCUGGAGCGCGGCGUCGAGAGCUCGCUGGGGAGCUUACGGGACGCGUGGGAAGAGGACGCGGCGGCGACCCGGGAGGGGCAGAGCGCCGACGGCGUGCCGCUGGCGGCGUUGAGCGGCGUGCUGGAGCGCCUGGAGGCCAGGAGGCGGCGGCUGGGGGGCGUGGCCACGCUUCUACGGCGCCAGAUGUCGGACUUCGGCCGACGGCUGGGGGACAAAACCAUCGCAGAGCAGCAGAGCGGAGGAUUCGGAAAACCUGCGUCUGGAAUAUAAAACAUAUAUUACAUCAAAUGUGAUGCAACAAAAACAUGUAAUAAAGCUCACGGCAACAAAAAGAAGAAAUCAAGUCGUUUUAUUCACUUUAUUCCUCUUAAUGGUGCAUGGGAGAUGCUGUGUUGGUUUGACCGGGUGUUACUCGUAAUUUAAUUUAAAUAAUAGCUGUUAUUCAGUUGUUCAGGGUUUGUAUAUACGGAGGAUGUUUCCAUGAUGUACGGUCAUGGAAAACCUGGAAAAGUCAUGGAAUUUUAAAAUGGUUUAUUUCCAAGCCUGGAAGAAAAGGAAAAACGUCCUCAGUUUUGUAAGUCAUGGAAAUGUUGUUUUAUUCAUUUGUUCAUUUCACGCUGAGUUUUAAAUAGUUAACAUGCUUUUUAAAAGAAUGACGCCCUGAAUGUAAAUUUUCGCACAUUUUCCGCGCUGCAAGUGAACGCACCUUAACUGAAAAGACAUAAAUGUUUAAUUAUUUUAAGCAAAUUAUUUUCUCUCAUUCAUUUGUGUUUAAGGUUAUUUUCUGUAUGCUUUGGAAUUCUCUUUGUUAGUUUAAAUAUAACAUUUCUUCACUUUUUUAUGUAUGCACUGAGAUUUAAAAAUGUAAAAAAUGGUCAUGGAAAUUUGGUUUAAAGUCCUGGACACCCAUUGGU